UUCAAGCAUAACGGAGGCACCGUUGACACUGUUGCUGUUGCUUCUGCAACUGCUUCUACUAUUGCAGCUGCUGCUGCUUCUGUAAUUAUUGUUGCUGCUGUGGUUGCUGCUGCUACUGCUGCCGUAGUUGCAGUUGCUUUUGAAACUGCAAUUACCUCUGCUGUCUUUGUAGUUGCUACUGCUGUAGCUGCUAUUUCUGCUGUCGCUGCUGCCUUUUCUUCUGCAGCUACACCUGUCGUCGCCGUGGUUCCAUCACACAUGUCGUCACCGUAAUUCCAUCGAUCCCAGUAAAAUUGUGGGUGAAUUUGGGAGCUGAAGCACAGAGGUCGUGAUCUUCCUGGGAGAGAUCUGUCUUGAACAGCCAUGUUCCUCCUCAGGAUUGCCCUCCGAAGGCAUUUGAUGUUGCUGUUGCUGUUUGUUACUGUUAUUUCAGGUAACAAUGCAGAGGGAGGUUCUACAAACAGCAGACAACUGCAGCGUAAAGAAGCAAAAGUGUUUGUGGAUGAUGACUACACAGCACCUUUGGCAUCAGGGAGACACCCUAUAGAGGCUCAUCUUCCACAUGUGUUGUCACAGAAUUCAGAUAUGUCCCUGGGGUCAAUGAAGACUUCCCCACAAAUGUUUCUCCAUGCUAGACACACUCCAAGACCAUCCGUGACUUGGCCUGGCCCUCCACAAACCUCCAUGAUUUUGUCUGACGCCACCGUCAUGGCUAAACCUAAAUAUAAAACAGUCAAUCUUGUCAAUAUGAAAAGUGACAGGCCAAAGGACAUCAGGCGAAAUCCACGAAUCAUUUCUUUUCAAGAAUGGCUGACGGAGUUACAGCAGGCCUUCACCAGGGAUCUGGUUUUCAAUGUUGUGAGGGUGAGCGUACUUUUCCUGAUUCACAUGAUAUCUCCCGAGCUUCUCGUCUGGAUAGAUGAAACGUUUGGAAUAUGAUGAUUCUUUUGGGACUUGCUAAAUGUAUCUCACCUAUUUUAAAUUAGGUAAUAAUUGUAUACAUAGAGUGCCUCACAAAAAAAAAAAAAAUAAAUGGAUUUAAGUAUCAUGUUACCGACUACACUUCAGAAAAGACACAAGGUGCAGAUCAAACCUUUGUAGGGACAACGUUUCGCUCUGUUUACAGCUUUACAAAAACUUUAUAAAGCGCUACAAAAAGCGAAAGAGUGUCCCUCAAAAAGCUUGUUCUGCAACGUGCAAAAAAAAAAAAAAAAAAGUGCUGGUGUAAUAUGCUUUUUCGUAACUAAAUAUUUAAUAAAAUAAGAUAUAUAUAUAUUUAUUACUUCAAGAUUUGUAGAUGUACUGUUAAAAAAAAGGUUUAAUUAAGUAAUGCAAU